AUGGACCAACUAAUAUGGCUACUCGAUAUGGGUACUUUGUUGCUGAACACGUAUAUUUACUCAGGUACUACUGCAGACGUCGUCAGUAUGCGUUUUUAUUAUUUGUUGAUGCUACUAUGUGGCCUCAUAUUCUGCCAUUCAUCGGUGAACGCUCAAUUUGGAUGGCGAUGUGGUUAUGUCGGCGGUUGGUGCGGCAGUGAGAAAUGGAGAGGACGUGAAACAUAUGGCGGUUUCCGAUCAAAAGCACGUCUUAUGGCUGCUUUGGCUCGCUCGGUCAAUGAAAACUUGGUUGAGUUAGCAGCUGACGCAGCAUCAUGUGAGACCGUGAAUCGUGCAAGAUGUGCGACUUCUAGUGGUGAAGAGGCCUAUAUGCGAUAUUUACUUCGGUUGAUUAUUUGCACUAAUGUAAAGACAUUUCCGUUGAAAACAGCAAUAAAUACUGACAUUCGU